ACUAACGCAACUUAUUUAUUAGAUUUUAUUUCAUUUAAGUAAAGAUACACAACUAUGUGUUGACAGAUAAAAGGACCUUUAAUAUAAUGACUUUUCGUGAAAGGAAAAGUAAGAACAACUGUUCUAGUGAGCUUUAAAAUGAACUACAGUGACUAUAAAGUUUAGUAAAGACAUUGCCAACAGUUAUGUCACAACAUACUAUUCUUUAUCUAUUACUUUUUAUUUUGCAUCUUGCGACUUCUGAAUAUUUGUGCCAUGGAAAAUAUCGUUUUUGUGAGAUCCAGCCUUGGCAAUCAUGGACACCAUGUAGCGCAAAAUGUGGAAAUGGAACCCAAUGGAGAAAUAAACCCGUGUGUUGUGAUCCUAAUGUUAUUGUACCAUUCGAUGUAGGACGAUGCAUACAUCAUUGUAAAAUAGAUACAAAUCAAAUACAAGAAAUCAGAAAAUGUGGAGUAUGUAAUAACGGAACAUACAACCAUAUUCUAAAUAAAUGCGAUUGUUUACCUAAAUAUUCUGGUUUUUGUUGUGAUCAAGUUGCUCCAACGACUAAAUUUGUACCACGAACAAAAGCUAGAACUACAACAAUUGCGCCAACAGCUAAACCGACUACAACUCCUAAACCAACUACUACACCUAAACCGACGACUACACACAAACCGACGACUACACACAAACCGACGACUACACGAAAACCGACGACUACACUAAAACCGACGACUACACGCAAACCGACGACUACACACAAACCGAAAACACCUAAACCAACAACUACACAUAAACCGACGACUACACACAAACCGAAAACACCUAAACCAACUACUACACAUAAACCGACGACAUCACCUAAACCGAUAACUACAGCCAAACCGACUACACCAACGACUAAAUCGACACCGUCACCUAAAACGGUAAACCCUAUCACCAAAGUUGCUACUCUAAAAACCAGACUAAUGAUAUCAACAACUAAGUCGAAACCACCAAGAAACAAAGCAGCAAGUACCCCAAGGAAUGUUCACAAAGCGCCGACAGCUUCGAUCACAAAAUUGAUAAUCAAACCGACCAUCGUAAAACCGAUUCAAGGUCGUUCGUCAAGUAAAUCACGAGCACCAGGUAGCAUUACAAUACACGGAACGCCAACUGUGAAGUCAAAUCUUGGAGGUAAUGGAGGAACAAAACACAGUCUGAUAUUAAACAAUGUAAAUAUGUUUAUCAGGACGACAGCACAUCAGGGAAUAAAUCGUGGUACAACAAUACAAAGAUCGGGUGGAAAAACUAUACAAGGAAACAGUUUGAGACCAUUGAAAACAAACUUUCCAUCGACACGUCAAACACAAAAUGUGGGCCAACAGACUAUUAAUGGUGCAAAUUCAAAGACAAAAAAUAAUAGUCCAACGCAUUUUCCUCAAAGUGGAAAUGGAAAUCAUGGCACAGGCAACAUUUCUUACAAUUCGCCCAACGGAAAUGGGAAUAUGAAUAUGAUGUCUAGUUGUCUUGGUGAUCCAUGUCAACACGGAACUUGCCUUCCGAUGAGUAACCGGUAUUUAUGUUUUUGUGAUCCUGGGUACGAAGGGAGGAACUGUCAAAUUAAUACAGAUGAAUGUGAAGAUGAUCCAUGUCAGUAUGGACAGUGUAUCGACAAAGUGAAAGAUUUCCACUGUCAAUGUAAUGUCUUCUUUCAAGGAAAAAAAUGUACAAAAUUGAAGACAUGGGCUAUUGUUUUCAUAGCCUUGUCAGCUUUGGCUUUAUGUCUGACAUGUUGUUGUUGUUUCUGGUGCGUUUCAACAUGUAUGAAGAAAGAUGGCGAAAAAGGCAAAAUUGGGCCAGUAGUAGAACCAUUACCAGAAAAACCUAUGCCAAGACCAUCGCCAAUUGGAAAACCAAACGCAUGGUUACGAUGACAGGCUUGUGAUUUUCAAACCGGAUAUAGGUGCCAGUCAAAAAUAUAAAGAAAUAGUUAUAAUGCAUAUUAAUUUGGACUUCAAAUGUAUUUAUAGAUGACAUUUGUUAAUAAAAAAAAAAUACAUUUGGAGGCUCAACGCAUCUUAUUGUUUUUUCUAAUUUGGUUGCAAAAAGCUGGUUUGAAUUUUCAUUAUGCACAGU